AAAGUGGUCAUCAUCUGGCAACGCUGAAACCUAAUAAUAAAGAAAAGAAAAAGAGUCAAUUUAGUGCAAUUACUUGCAAUAAAACCCCCAAAAUCCUAGUUAGAGUUUAAGAUUCGCUUGUCCCGACCAACGGAAGCCUUUAACAAAAGCAGCCUAGUUCCCAUCGAAAACUAAAGGAAAACAAAAAGUAUCAAAAUGUCGGAAAUGCAAAUGGAUUGUGCUUUGGAUCUGAUGCGGAGGCUACCUCCCCAGCAAAUUGAGAAGAACCUCAUUGAUCUGAUAGAUUUGGCCCCCGAUCUUUGUGAGGAUUUGCUCUCCUCAGUGGAUCAACCUUUGAAGAUAGCCAAGGAUAAGGAACACGGCAAGGAUUACCUGUUGUGUGACUACAAUCGCGAUGGUGAUUCCUAUAGAUCGCCCUGGUCGAACUCCUACUAUCCCCCAUUGGAGGAUGGCCAAAUGCCCUCGGAACGACUGCGAAAACUGGAAAUCGAGGCCAACUAUGCCUUCGAUCAGUACAGGGAGAUGUACUACGAAGGUGGAGUCUCCUCCGUGUAUCUAUGGGAUCUGGAUCAUGGUUUUGCCGCCGUUAUACUGAUAAAAAAGGCGGGAGAUGGCAGCAAGAUGAUUCGCGGCUGCUGGGACUCCAUUCAUGUGGUUGAGGUGCAGGAGAAGACCACCGGAAGGACCGCCCACUACAAGCUCACCUCCACGGCAAUGCUGUGGCUGCAGACCAACAAACAGGGCUCGGGUACCAUGAAUCUGGGUGGAUCUCUCACUCGGCAACAGGAACAGGACGCCAAUGUCAGUGAGUCCUCACCGCACAUCGCCAACAUUGGCAAAAUGGUCGAGGAGAUGGAGAACAAGAUCAGGAACACCCUGAACGAGAUCUACUUUGGCAAGACCAAGGACAUUGUGAAUGGACUAAGGAGCACGCAAUCGCUGGCCGAUCAGCGCCAGCAGGCGGCCAUGAAACAGGACCUCGCUGCGGCCAUCCUGCGACGCAAUGUCAAGCCCGAUUCGAACUGAGCACCGAGCGGCUGAAGGCUGAAUUUCCACAUAGAACAAUCCAGUCUACGAGGGGUCCUUAAAACCAGAUUGUUCCCCCAAAAAGGGUCAAAUAAUAUGCGAAUUGUGAGGCACUGCAGCCCUAAAAUAUUAUCUUAAUGAAAGCCACCAUAAUUCAUUUCUAUAAUAUUUUUGGCUGCGUCCAUCCAAUCCCCUAUUUUUCACUCUUUUUCAAACAGUUUGUAGGACUUCGCGUAACCUGGACUAAAAAUAUUAAAUACGCAUUUCUAGGCAGUAAAUUUGUUACAUGAGAAAAUUGUUACACCACGAGAAACAUAUUAAUGUAAAUUUGCCCGCCCGUUUUCAACUGUCCUCCCACAUUGUUGCAAUUUAGAGUCGCGCUUCAUCCACAGUUCAGCCGAAAAUGCCAACUUCGCCGCCCUCAAGACAGUAUCCAUAAGUAUUUGUAUCUUAUUUGUAAUAAUGCAUAUUUGCACCGAAGUCGAGGCAUUUGCGUUUCGUUCUUAAUCCUUCCGCGAAUAAAUAUUGUGUUUAUUAA